CAGUUCUACAUUACUGCACUGGGCUCCUCGGGAUGAAAUGCAUCUCAAUGAGUGUGUUUUUUUUCUCUGUAAUGUACACUUGGUGUACUCUGCACUAGUUGGACAGUCAUUCAAUGUUUUGCAUGUGAAUGAGGCCCACAACACUGUGGCAGAGAGAGCCGUGGAGGUGGCGCUCAGCUUCAUCAGACGCAGCUCUCACCUUGGCAUCCAUGUGGACAAGUUCAUACAAGUCACAGCCAACAGUCAGGACCCCAGAGUAUUCCUCAACUCUUUGUGUGACAAAUACAACAGUUCGCUACAGCAGAGGAAGCCACCCCAUGUGGUUUUGGACACAACCCUAUAUGGUGUGAUCUCUGAGGCUGCCAAGACUUUUACAGCAGCACUGGGUCUGCCUACUGUCACUGCUUCCUACGGACAGGACGGCGAUAUCAGGCAAUGGCGGAAUUUAGAUGGGGAGCAGCAGAAGUAUUUAGUCCAGAUAUCCCCACCUGGGGACAUAAUCCCUGAAAUCAUCAGAAGUAUAGUUGUAAUGUACAACAUUACCAAUGCUGGCAUCUUGUACGACAACUCCUUCGUUGUUGAUCACAAAACCAAGUCACUCCUGCAGAAUAUUCCAACAAGACAUAUUAUGGCAGAGGUGGAAGACGUUGAGAGUAUAAAACAUCAGCUCACAAGAUUCAGAGAUCUAGACAUUGUCAACUACUUCAUUCUGGGAAAACUUACAACCAUCAAGAUGGUCCUGGACAAUGCCAAUGCUAAUAAGUUUUUUAGCAAGAAGUUCACUUGGUAUGCCAUAACAAAGGACAAAGGACUUCUAAAAUGUGCAUGUACCAAUGCUACUAUUAUCUUCAUCAAGCCAGAACCAGACUCAACAUUUAAGGAACGUUUGGCAAACCUUCGCACAACCUACACACUUACUGCCGAGCCUGAAAUAGAUGCAGUCUUCUACUUUGAUCUCACCAUUCGCACACUUCUUGCUAUCAAGGGGUUGUUUGAGAGCGGAGAAUGGCCAAAAAAUAUGAGCUAUGUGUCUUGUAAUGAUUAUACUGAUGACAGCCAGCCCCGGAGAAAAGAUCUGGAUCUAAGAAAAUAUUUUAAACAGGUAUCUGAACCCUCCUCAUAUGCCAAUCUGGUGGUGGAGAGCAAUGGACACAGUUACAUGGAGUUCUCUCUACACUUGGAGCGUGUGUCUAUUGUCAACAGCCAGUCAGUGUCGGCCGAGCCUAUUAGCACAUGGAAGGCCAGCCUCAAUGCUCCUCCUAUUUUUCUCAAGGAUUCUAACAGCAUCAACAACCUGUCUUCAGCUGUCACUAUCUACCGUGUGGUCACAGUUUUGCAAAAGCCUUUUGUGAUGAAGGUUUUGGAUAGCAAUGGCAAGGAUACAGGCAAAUUUCAAGGAUAUUGCAUUGAUCUAAUAGAUGAAAUCAGCAAAAUGAUAAAUUUUGAAUAUGAAAUAUAUGUAGCACCUGACAAUAGUUUCGGCUUUAUGGAUGAUAAUGGACAGUGGAAUGGCAUGAUUAAGGAACUCAUUGAAAAGAGAGCAGAUAUAGCCCUCGGCUCGUUGGCUGUGAUGGCAGAGAGAGAAAAUGUUGUAGACUUUACAAUUCCUUACUACGACCUAGUGGGCAUCUCCAUACUGAUGAAGAAACCAAAGAUUCCUACAUCUCUCUUUAAGUUCUUGAGUGUGCUAGAAAAAGAUGUCUGGUUGUGUAUUCUAGCAGCAUACUUCUUGACAAGCCUACUGAUGUGGGUGUUUGAUCGAUGGAGUCCAUAUAGUUACCAGAACAACAGAGAAAAGUAUAAAGAUGAUGAAGAAAAAAGAGAAUUCAAUUUGAAAGAGUGUUUAUGGUUCUGCAUGACAUCCCUAACCCCUCAGGGGGGAGGAGAGGCUCCGAAGAACCUGAGUGGACGUCUGGUAGCAGCUACCUGGUGGCUGUUUGGGUUCAUCAUUAUCGCCUCGUAUACAGCCAACCUGGCGGCCUUCCUGACUGUGUCACGACUGGACACGCCUAUAGAAUCUCUUGACGGCUUAAGCAAGCAGUAUAAGAUCCAAUAUGCACCUCUUCAGGGGUCCUCCACAAUGACUUAUUUCUACCGCAUGUCACAGAUUGAAGCUAAGUUCUACGAGAUUUGGAAGGAAAUGUCACUGAAUGACAACCUGAGCGAGAUUGAACGUGCCAAGUUAGCAGUGUGGGACUACCCAGUGAGUGACAAAUACACUAAGAUGUGGCAGGCCAUGAAGGAGGCUAAGCUGCCGGCCACGCUGGACGAGGCAGUCCAGAGAGUUAGGGACUCGCCAUCCUCUAGCGAGGGCUUCGCUUACUUAGGUGACGCAACAGACAUAAAAUAUCUGCAGAUGACCAACUGCGACCUGCAGAUGGUUGGCGAUGAGUUUUCCAGGAAACCUUAUGCUAUUGCAGUGCAACAAGGAUCACCUUUAAAGGACCAGUUUAACAAUGCCAUAUUACAGUUACUAAACAAAAGAAGAUUGGAGAAAUUAAAAGAAACCUGGUGGAACCAAAAUCCUGAGAAAAAAACAUGUGAGAAACAGGAUGAUCAAUCAGAUGGAAUAAGCAUUCACAACAUAGGUGGGGUGUUUAUAGUAAUAUUUGUUGGAAUUGGGCUGGCCUGUAUAACUUUGGCAUUUGAGUACUGGUGGUACAAGUAUCGCAAGCCUAGUGUAGUCAGUCUACCUAGGAGAGAAGGGACCAUCAACAAGCAGCUACAAGAACAAGACUUCAUCAAGGGGUUGGCAGCUGACUACCCUGGCCUGCAAAACAGACAUCCCUUCCAUGGCUUUGGCUCCAGGCGCAGUGCUAUUCACCCAGUUCCAGCUAUUGAACAAUAA